AUGAAGGGAGGACCAAGGUCGAAGCUGGAGUACUUCGACCCUAACGCGUCGGACCCGAACGACUCUGACUUCGAGGAGAAACCAUCCUCCCCACCCGCGCGUCGCUCAUCGAAGAAGAAGAAGUCUGUGCCCGCUCGUAGGAAGAACCAAAAGCGUAAACACGCUUACGGGAGCUCGGAUGAUGACAUUGUUGAUGACGACGAGGAUGAAGUGAGUGAGGAGUCCUAUGGAUCACCCAGCGCCAUCGAGUCGGAGGGAGAGCCAGAGGUGAACGCCAGCGGCCGCCCCGCCCGCCACGCCGCGAAGAAGAACAUAAAGUACGAAGAGAGUGCAGAUGAUGACAUCGAAUACGACGAGCUCGUUGUGGAGUCAACCGAGAGGAAUUCGGGCGACAAGCGCAAGCAGAAGAAGACGCUUACGGUGAGGCUGCCGGUAAAUCUACCGCCGCAGAACACGCGCAGCACGCGUGCAAGAUCCACCCGUGCGGCAAGCAAGUCGGCGCAGCCCGAAUCGCACGUGAGGACCCGGAGGAGCGCGCGUCUGUCUGAAGAUCGGGAGGAACCAUUACAGAUUUCGGGAUUUGCAGGCAGAGCCAAGUCUGUCGGAUCUGCGGGAGGCAGCCACUCACCUCAGCGACGAACCGGCACAAGGUCCGCGCAAGGCCGCAAAGCUCCGAUGAAGCGACCCAGUACCAUCAUGGAGGCUUCGCAAGAAGCAUCUGGACAUUCGGCCCAAAGCCCCGACCCCCUGCAGCCCAAGGAAGAUGGUCAAGAAGAGGUGCAAGUCAGCCACGCUGCGUCCGUCACGUCAGAGAUUCGCUAUGAAGGCCAGGGCAAUGAAGAAAUCCAGUUAGGCGAGGCCGUGAUUCAAGAGUCGGAUCACGAGCAACAGAGCGAAGAUGAUGACGACGACGAAGGUCCGGUGACAAGGACCCGUAACAGACAACAUGUAGGUUCUCAUUCUCAUUCUCCAUCAACUCCGACACCAGCAGAGAAACGACCCGCAAAAGCGACAGAAGCAGCGACACGCAAUCUCAGAAAGCGUAAAGCAUCUCCAGCACCAGUCAAGACAGUAAAGACAGCCAAGAACGCUGCGCCCAAACUUCCAAAAAUAUCUUAUUCAGAACUCCGAAGUUUAGGGAUUAACUUCGAUAAGCAGACAAGCACCGCGCGCGCAUCGCAGAAACGAAAUGCGGACGACAGCAGCGAUGACUUCGAUCCCGGCGACGACAGGCAUGCCGAAUCCGAAGAUGACGAUGCAGACUCCGAACGACCUUCCAAGCGCCAGAAGAGCUCCGGGGAUGAGAGCACGGGCCGCAGAAAGUCCCAGAGGAUAAAGUCUAGGAACAACUCUGGGUCCGAGGACGAGUUGGAUCCGAUCGAGAUAGCAGAUGAGGCUGCGGAAUUGCAUGCUGACGAGAGGCGCAAUCGCCCCAGACGCCAACAACGUGUCGAUGAGGAGGCCGAAGCACAAACACAGCGCGAACUCCGUCGCAAGAAUCCCAACAUGAACUACACGAUGAAGUCAUUAGCAGACGUGUACAGGGAGGACGAGGAAGGUGAAGCGGGCGAUGGUGCGCCAACUCCAUCGCAAGGUAAGAAGAAGGUAAAGAUGCCAGGAUGGCGCCCGCUCAUGUCUACUGCUGGGCCAUUCGGUGGACUCGGAGGAUUGAAACCUCUCAUAGGGCCACCCAGAUACCGGGAUGAGCUUGGCCAGUAUGAAGACAUGGACUCAGAUAGCAGCGAUGAUGAUGUGAACCAGAGCGGCCAACGGGGACCCCAUGACGGUGAGAACGCUCCCAAAUCGGUCACAGGCGGCAUCUUAUCACAGCUAGGCCAAACUCCUAACAGAGGCUCCCGUGGCGGACCCGCCAAUCUUGGUAAAAUCGGAGGAACAAGCAAUGCGGAUGUAAAUCCCAUUAGCGUCGACGGAGAGGUCAACUUCGACAGCGUUGGGGGUCUAGACGACCACAUUAACCAACUCAAGGAGAUGGUGACGUUGCCCCUCCUAUACCCUGAGAUCUUCCAAAAGUUCAAGAUCACUCCGCCGCGUGGCGUGCUAUUCCAUGGGCCUCCUGGAACCGGGAAGACUCUCCUCGCGCGCGCCCUGUCCAACGCCCUCAGCGCCAACGGCAAGAAGGUCACGUUCUACAUGCGCAAAGGCGCCGACGCACUCAGCAAAUGGGUUGGAGAAGCUGAGCGCCAGCUCCGCAUGCUGUUCGAGGACGCUCGUAGGAAUCAGCCGAGCAUCAUUUUCUUCGACGAGAUCGACGGUCUUGCGCCCGUGCGGUCCAGCAAGUCGGAGCAAUCGCUCGCUUCUAUUGUAGCAACCCUCCUAGCCCUGAUGGAUGGCAUGGACGAUCGUGGGCAGGUGGUCAUCAUCGGUGCUACCAACCGUCCCGACAACGUCGAUCCGGCUCUGCGUCGACCCGGUAGAUUCGACCGCGAAUUCUACUUCCCGCUCCCCAAUCGCGAAGCCCGUCGCUCCAUCAUAGGCAUCCACACCAAGAACUGGAACCCGCCUCUAGCGAAUGAGUUCAAGAACCAAUUGGCCGAGAUGACCAAGGGUUACGGCGGUGCUGAUCUUCGCGCGCUCUGCACCGAAGCUGCCGUCAAUGCCAUUCAGGGCACGUUCCCCCAAGUCUACAAGUCGAACAAGAAGCUGCAGAUCGACGUGGACAACAUCAAGAUCUCGGCCAAAGACUUCAUGAUAUCCCUCAGCAAAAUCGUGCCCUCGUCACAGCGCUCGACUUCGUUCGGCGCGGCACCGUUGAAGAAGGGGACUGCACCUCUUCUCAGACCCCAGCUCGAGGCAAUAAGCCAGAUGAUCGACGAGAUUAUCCCGCCGAAGAAGAAGCUGACUGCCCUUGAAGAGGCACAAUAUGACGACCGUGAUGACUUUGGCUUCGAGCGCGAAAACAUCAAACGCGACUUUGAACAAGUCAGGGUCUUCCGGCCAAGGCUCCUGAUCCGCGGCUUUGAGGGAAUGGGCCAGCAGGAAAUCGGAUCAGCGUUGCUGCACAAGUUCGAAAACAUGCAUGUCCAAUCUUUUGAUCUUCCAAACCUGCUUGGAGACAGGGACAAAACGGCUGAGGCGACCUUGGUGCAACUUUUCAAAGAAGUGCGAACUCAUAAGCCUUCGGUCAUCUACAUCCCUCAGGUUGACGUGUGGUACGAUACUGUCGGCGAGAAUGUCGUCAGCAUCUUCACAAGCCUUCUUCGCACCAUGCCGGCCAACGAGCCGGUGCUUGUCCUGGGGACUUUGGAACAGCGUGGCGAGGGCGAGGAGCACCAGCCCAACCCAGAAAUGCUCAAGUCUAUAUUCGGUUACUCCAUGAAGAACCAGUACGAGCUGAAGCGCCCCAGUGAGGGCGCUCGUAAGGAGUACUUCCAGACCAUGGUCGAUUACAUCCGGAUGCCGCCAAAGGGAUUCCCUGCCGUCCACCGCAAGAAGCGCAAGUUCGAGGAGCUCAAAGAGGUUCCCCAGGAUGACCAGUCACCAAAGACACCCGAAAAGGCCUACCUCAAGGCCAUCAAAAAGAAAGAUCGCUAUACCGUACAAGUUCUGAAAACGAGGAUUUUGCCGAUCCUCGAGCAACUGAAGAACAAGUACAGGCGCUUUAAGGACGGUCUCAUUCCUGACAAGGAUUAUGAGUACCUCUGGAGGGAGCACGAUCCACGGAUUCUGACCAGCGACCUUCCCGUGGACCAACGCCCGGAUGAGUACAGGCCGUAUGAAAUCGGCUACGAUUCCAAGGGUGUCAGAGGCCUGGUAGAGACAUCGACGGGGAACUUCUACUACAACCUGGGCUUCGACACAAUCGAGCUGCGUAUGGCCAACGGCUAUUACAAAAGACCGAUCGACUUUUUGAACGACGUCAGGCAAGUUGCCAAGGAUAUGCGAACCUUUGGAAAGCUGGACAACUUCGUCAAAGCAGACGAAAUAUUGACCAAUGUCGAAGUCGACCUCAUGCAACUGGAGGAAAGCUACCCAGACCUCAUCCGUGCAUGCGAAGAAGUGUACAAGCGGGAGCAGGAGCGCUUCAGUGCGCUGGAGGAGGAGGAAAGAAAUAAAGCGGCAGCGGAGGGUCGCCCUGUCCAACGAAUUUGGGCCAAUGUUCCUCCGGCCGAGAACGAGUCUCACAAGCCUGCGUUGGAUCGCACAGGCCCCAUCAAUCUUGGAGAGCCUGUCGAUGUCAUACAUCCACUGCCUCCGAUCGCAGCAUCUUAUCCGCGUGGGCCUAGCUCGCUCUCCAACGGACUUUCAGCGUCAGACCUGGCGGACAGCAACAAACGCCAAAGCAAUGGCUCAGGCGGUCACGGCGAAGAUGGCUCUCAUUUGGAAGAGAGCCAAGAGCAAGACUCGCAACAUCGUGACAAACGACAGAAAGUCGGUGACGACGCUCAACAGAUUGCGCCCAACACGCAGACGGCCAAUCGGUCUCAGCGAUCAAGUCACAUACAGAUGGCCCCCAAUACGCAACCAGGCGACUACCAUAACAGUGCAUCGACUACAACCUCAGGCCAGAAGACUUCGGAUCUGUCGUCAGCGCAUCUCGCAAACACCCAGAGCACCGUCAACGGCGUCGCUCCCGGUCAGCAUCCAGACUUCGCGUCGGGUCCUGCGCAGUCUGGCGGCUCUCAGAUUCCCGACACACAGGAGCCGUUCGCUAGCAGUCAGCCCACGAACUCGCAGCAGUCACAGUCGUCGCAAUCACACUCGCAUGGCGGUGCUAUCAUGCCGCCCGCGCGUCAAGAGGCCAAGAUCGGCUCUCUCCUCAACUCAUCAUCAUCAAACGAGCACCAACAGUCGCAGCCACAGGACCAGCAACAGUCCGAACCCCGACUCAUCCUCGACGACGCGCACCUUGAGCGAUUCCACGACGAGCUCGUGCACCGCAGCUCCGGCCUGAGCGUCGAGCAGCUCGAGCAGGUCAACGCAGCGAUGAUGGCAGCCGUAUGGAACCAGCGCGGCGAGUGGAACCGCGUCCGCGUCAUCAAUAGUGUGUCGGCGGUCUUCAACGAGACUAUUCGCGACAUUGAAGAGGUCCAGAAGGUGUGGCCGCCGAGCCAGGAGAAGCAGGAUAAGGCGUAG